AUGGAUGAUACUAGAGCUGAGAAAGCUAAGUCCACCCCUAACUCAAACCAAGAUUACCUUGAUGGAUGCUUGAAAGAUACCCGAGCAGAGAAAGAAAAAUCAGCCACUGACUCUAACCAAGUUUACCUUGAUGGAUGGUUGAAAGAUACCCGAGCUAAGAAAGAAAGAUCUACCGCUGACUCGAACCAAGUUUACCUUGAUGGAUGGUUGAAGGAUACACGAGCAAAGAAAGAAAUACCAACCUCUGACUCCAACCAAGUUUACCUUGAUGGAUGGUUGAAAGAUACUCGAGUACAGAAUGCAAAAUCUACCGCUGCCUCCAACCAAGUUUAUCUUGAUGGAUGGCUAAAGGAUAUCAAAGCAGAGAAAGCAAAAUCCAUGCCAAACUCCAACCAGGUUUACCUUGAUGGGUGGUUGAAAGAUACCCGAGCAAAACAAGAAAAAUCCACCUCUGACUCUAACCAAGUUUACCUUGAUGGAUGGUUGAAAGAUAUCCGAGCCAAGAAAACAAAAUCCACUUCUGACUCCAACCAAGUUUACCUUGAUGGAUGGUUGAAGGAUAUCCGAGCUGAGAAAGGAAAAUCAACCUCUGAAUCCAAACAAGUUUACCUUGAUGGAUGGUUAAAAGAUACUCGAAACUAGUUCAUAUCUUUGUUAGUCAAUCUCUAUGUCAUUUCAAAAACUCAUCAUAUUGUUCCUAUGUUUUUAAUUUCUAUGUAUUGUAAGAUCUUAUUUCUAUGUACUAAGUAAGGUCUCGUUUGUGUACUAAAUAAGUUAUUGUUUUUAUGAACAAUAUCUUAUUUCUCUUCAA